CGCCGCCGCCGCCCCGCCUCCGCCACCGCGGCCGGCCCGGCCCGCUCCGCCGCCGCGCGCCCGCACCCCGCGGCCGCAGCCCGCCCGCCUCCGGCACCGGCGCCCCCUUCCUUCCGUCCUUCUUUCUUUAUUUCCUUCCUUCCCCCUCUUCCCUCACUCCCGGCUCCCGCCGGGCAGGCACAGGGUUCGGGCGGAGAGCGCAGGCCGCAGCCCCGCCGGCGGCGGGUGGGCUGACAGGGGCCUCCCGCCGCAGGUGAGGGGCCCGGCCGCCGCCCUUUGUGUGGGCCUUGCCGGGGCGGGGGGCGGCCUUGGCCGGACAGGGACUUCCCCCCCCCCCCCCCCAAGUCUACAGCGGGAGUUCCCGACGCGGCGCCGGUGAAGGCCUCGGGACGCCGCCGCGGUUCUCCGCAGGCCGGCGGGGCAGGAGGAGCCGUCCCAUGGGGAGAGGCGAGCGGCGGGACGGGCCUGGCGGCGGGCUGCGGCGGCGGCGGCUGGCCUGCGAGCUCCCCGGCCGCUCCCGCGCCUUGCCGCCCCGCCGCGCCGCUCCCUGAGGCGGCCUCGGCCCGGCGGGGAAGGCCCGGAGAGCUGGGAGCCAGGGGAGGCGGGAGCAGGAGCCGACCAUGCCGCGGCGGGCCCUGCCCUGGGCUGCUUCUCCAGUUUGAAAGUACUUCUGCUUUCCCGUCAGCUCUCCUUACAUGGUUGUCGCUUCCCACCUCCCACGGAGGGAUGAAUUAGGCUGGGAGCCGUGCAGAGCCCGCGGUAAGCCAAGGUUGGUGUUUCUUACUCUUUUCAAGCUUCCCCUCCGCAUUAGGCCGGAUGGUCUGGGAUGCGUCGCGGUUGGGUUCCUCCUGCUGUGGUUAACGUUGCCUGCGGGGGAAGGUGGCGGCUGUGCUGAAGUGUUGUAUCGCAUCCAGCGCGGGUGCUAGGUGUCCUAGCUGCAAGCCCUCCCUUCAUGUCGACAGCCAAGGAUAAUGUUGAGGGCAAACCUUCCCAUGAGCUCUCUGGCUCUUCCUAGUUUUCAAGUUCUGCCCGGAGAGGGGGAAAUCGCUUACAUACAUCCCUUGGAGAGAGCUGCUCCCUCGGCUGCCUCCCCUCGCCCUUCCCAAAUGUGAGCACGUUGCAGCCAGCACGGAGAAGGACCUCCUCUUGUCUUCAAGGCACUUGCUUCUGCCGACUGUAUUUUUGUCCAAAAAAGAAAAAGCCAAAUCAAACCAGUCCACUAAGAACUCGUGCUGAUCCAAGGAGGAGGCUGUGGAGUCUCAGUCACCUCUCUGCUUCCCAAGAUCCUGGCUGUGGGCUGGAUUUUCUGUCCUCGACUUCAGGGGAUCAGCUACGGGGUAUCAGGAUCUUGGAUACUUGGAAUUUUUGCUAUUACUUCAACCCUUUCAAACAAGAAGCUGAAGCUGUCACUGUUAAAAUCCUGUUUUUUUUUCCCAAGCAUGUCAGAAAGCUGGCAGCAGCAACAGCAGCAACCACAGCCGCCGCCGCAGCACCACACUGGGGCAGCUGCCCUCCCAGAGCACUCCAUGCCACCCAGCACUGCUGACAACCCCUUGGGCUGUGCUGUCUAUGGCAUCCUGCUCCAGCCAGACCCCGGCUUGCAGCACCACCAGCACGCCCCCCUCCAGGCUGGAGAGCCGUCCCACAAAUGUGGUGUGUGUGGCCAUGACCUCACUCACCUCUCCAACCCCCAUGAGCACCAGUGCUUGCCAGGCCACGACCGCUCUUUCCAGUGUACCCAGUGCCUGAAAAUCUUCCACCAGGCCACUGACCUCCUUGAACACCAGUGCAUCCAGGUGGAACAGAAGCCCUUUGUGUGCGGCGUCUGCAAGAUGGGCUUCUCCCUCCUGACCUCGCUGGCACAGCACCACAAUGUCCACAAUGGCAAUGCCAUGAAGUGCUCUAUCUGUGAGAAGACCUACAAGCCUCCUGAGGCAGAGCAUUCUCAGCCUCUUGACCCCUCGGAGAAGCCCUACAGCUGCUCCAUCUGUCAGAAGACCUUCAAGCACCUCUCAGAGCUGUCCCGGCAUGAGCGCAUCCACACUGGUGAGAAGCCGUACAAGUGCACUCUGUGUGACAAGAGCUUCAGUCAGUCAUCCCACCUGGUGCACCACAAGCGGACGCACAGCUCAGAGCGGCCCUACAAGUGCACAGUGUGCGAGAAGACCUUCAAGCACCGCUCCCACCUGGUGCGCCACAUGUAUGCACACUCUGGGGAGCACCUCUUCAAGUGCAACGUCUGCGAGCUGCACUUCAAGGAGUCAUCGGAGCUUUUGCAGCACCCCUGCACGCCCAGCGGGGAGCGGCCCUUCCGCUGCAGUGAGUGCCAGAAGGCCUUCAAGCGGCCCUCGGACCUGCGGCAGCACGAGCGGACGCACAGCGAGGAGCGGCCCUUCAAGUGUGACCUCUGUCAGAUGAGCUUCAAGCAGCAGUACGCGCUCAUGCGUCACCGCCGCACGCACAAGGCUGAGGAGCCCUUCAAGUGCAACCUGUGUGAGAAGGGCUUUGUGCAGCCCUCACACUUGGUGUACCAUCAGCAUGUGCAUGGCAUAGAAAACCUCUUCAAGUGCAAUGUGUGCCAGAAAGGCUUCAACCAGUCCUCGGAGCUGCUGCGGCACAAGUGCGUGCAGAACGCAGAGCGGCCCUUCAAGUGCGCGGUGUGCAACAAGUCCUACAAGCGGGCCUCAGCUCUGCAGAAGCACCAGCUGGCCCACUGUGCUGAGAAGCCGCUCAAGUGCACGCUCUGCGAGAGACGUUUCUUCUCCUCCUCCGAGUUUGUGCAGCACCGCUGCGACCCAGCCCGCGAGAAGCCCCUCAAGUGCCCCGACUGUGAAAAGCGGUUCAAGUACGCCUCGGACCUGCAGCGCCACCGGCGUGUCCACACUGGUGAGAAGCCCUACAAGUGCCAUUCCUGCGAGAAGGCCUUCAAGCAGCGCGAGCACCUCAACAAGCACCACAGUGUGCAUGCCCGGGAGCAGCAGUACAAGUGCAUGUGGUGUGGGGAACGGUUCCUGGACUUGGGCCUGCUGCAGGAGCACAGUGUCCAGCACACAGCUGAGGGCGCCUACCAGGUGGCUGCCUGCUUGCCCUGAGCCUCCUGUCCUUUGGCGGCUUUUGGCUAGUGUGUGGCACUCCCAAGCCUCAGCCUCCCCUUCCCUCUCUCCUCAGUUGCAGACGGCCUCUGGGGAGCUUUAGGGAAAGGGGAGGUAUGGUGGGUGACCUUUCCUUUGGCCGCUGUGGUUCACACGCCGCCUGUAGUGCAGGGGCAACAGAUGAUGUGAAAAACUCAAAAGUGGGAAAGAGGAAAGGAGGGACGUGGGGAGAGGAAACGAUGCCUGUAGUUGACUGGGGUCCCCUGGACCAUCACUCAGGUUGUACCUGCAGUUCCAGUACUGGGAGCUCAGCUGCCUGCUGUGGGCACCAGCCUUUUGCCUGCAGCCUGGUUCCCCUGCCCUGCCUGGUAGGGGGUGACUGGGAAACUCCUCCUGGAGCAGGCUCUGAAGCAGGGCAGAGCCAGCCCUCACUUCUGGGGCUUGCUGCUCAGCAAGGAAGCAUCAGGUUUCUGCUGUGGGGAUCUCCCAACUUUCUUGGUCCAUGCUCCUCUGAGAGGACCAUUUCAGAUCAUUAGUGUUGACUUCCCUGACCUCCUGUGCUCUCCCUCUUUAUAGAGAGUGUAGAAGGGGAAAAGCCAUGGGGCUACCCAGCUCCAAAAAGCACUUUGGCUUUGCUGCUUUUGCAUUCACACUCUGCCAGGUUUCUGAAGGAGCCUGCCCGCCCCCCAUCUCUGCCAGCAGAACGGGGGACAUAGCUCUCCUGCCAAGACUCACCUCCCGCCCCUUCACUGUUGGCAGUGCUUGAGCCAUUAGCCUACCUCUGGGGCAUCAGGCAAAUGGCCAGCCCAGAAGUUCCAACACUAAAGCAUGAGGCAAACACUACUAAUAACCUGUAACUCCAGAGAUGUGACCAUGGUGGAUGGUGGCCCACGCUCUGUGGUGGGAGCUUGGUGUCUGAUCUGCUGGGGGGAAUUGGAGCAAGCCAGGAGAACCCUUCCUGGCCUGCAGGUUUGUCUCCACAGGGAUGGGAAGGUUAGCAGUGGGUAAAGGGGGAGUGUAUUUUCUAUCCCCUCUGACAGGAGUCCUGUUUUACCCCUUGGCUCUUUCUUUACCUCUUCUGUAUUUUUCAGGUUUUGCACAGUUCUUGUAAACAUCACUUAAAAAUAAAUUUCCCCUAGCAAGGUUGAUGCAGCCUCAGGUGUUUUCCUCUGCAGGAUUUUGCUGGCUUCUCAUGUCCAAGAGACCUGUUGCAUGUCAGAUGCCUUGGAGGUCGAAGGGUGCUUCCUAGGUUGACCACUAGCCUUCUCUCCACCUUUGGAGGUACUAAGACAUUAAAAUACCCAUCUGUGGGAAUUUUCAAGCCCUGACUGGAUGUGGUCCUGGACAACCUGCUUAUAGCUGACCCUGUGCCUGCAGGAGGUUGGACUAGAUGAUCUCCAGAGGUCCCUGCCAGCUUCAGCUCUUCUGUGGUCUUGGCUGGCUGUUGUCUGAGGUGGGAGCAUUGUGAUGAACUGUAAUUAGUGAACAGCAGCCCAUGUGCUGCAUAGGUAAUUAGGACAAGUUUAAUAAAUGUUGACCAUGGCAAGUGUAGACAGAUGAACCUUGCAUGGAGUUGGGCUGUGCCUGCUUUGCUGGCAGGGGAUGCUCAUCUAAAAGGUGGAGGAAGGCUUGCCUUUCCAUCUCCAGCACAGUGAAAGGGAAGGGGUGUGCUUCUGGGGGCUGGAACACUUCAGUGACAAAUCUGACCCUGCAGCUGGGUCUUCAUGCUCAGCUUUAAGGAGGUUAGAGCAGACCUUGUUCUCUGCUGCACAAGGAAGAGGGACCGAUGGUUAUCCUACUUCAUGCUGCUUCAAAGAUGUAGAACUUCCUACCGAGUUACUUUUUGCUUUUUUCUUUUUUUUAAAAAAAAGCAAAACAGUUUGUUAAUAUUCAUUAAAAAAUACUGUAUAGUUUAACUUGAUGUCAUUCUGGAUCUUAAAAAAAAAAAAAAAAAAAGAUAACUUGGAUUCCUAAAGAGCUUUUUUGGUUCUAGGUAGUUGUUUUUUGCUGUUUAAUAUGUAGUAAGUUCAGUGUAUGCUUUACUGUAUGAGUAAAAAUUAAUCCAAACCAAGGAAGGCUAAUCCUGUCUUUACAGAAGGGCUUGGUGGGACUGAGGCCAGCUGGGGAGCAUGGACCCACCUCAACCCUUGCUCUGUUCCUGCCUUGGGCCAUGGCCAGCUCUGCCCUAGCUAGCCUGGUGCAGCUGCCACUGGUCCCAUAGGGUCAAGGGUUUGGUGGUUGCCCUCCUCCUUGAGCACAGCCCUAGCAGCCAGGACCAGCACCCUGAGCUGAGAGCUUGCAGAGAGCCUCCUCUUUAGUAGGAGGAGGGUGGAAAAUGGAGGCUGCUGGAGCCUCUGAGGGCUCUUGUGGCUGUAUUUCUUUCUGGAAAUACUUAUUUUUCUGCUCUCUUCACUCCCCAGGGCCCAGAUGGCUUGACAGCCUUGGGUACUUGGGCAGAGAGGGCGCGUAGUGGGCUCCAGACAUGGCUCUGGUCACAGCUCUGCACCAUGGGCCAUGGAGCUGCCACAUCCUGUCCCCUUGGUACCACCUGGUCCAGGUUGUCAGCUGGUGCCUGUCUGUAGGUGGCUCCAGGUUGGAAAACAUCUUGGUGCAGCGUUAGAAUGUCACGAAGUAGGACUGGCCGUGGGCCUGCAGUGUAUCAGUCUCUUAAUCUUGUUUGCUGCCCUGCAACCAGCCAAAUCCAGUAGAAGUCCAUGGUGGCUUCUGGUGCCAGAGCUUGGUGGUGGCUGGUGGCAGUGUGGAGCCUUGGUUAUAUUUUGUAGGGUGACUGUCCAGUUGGAAGGAGCUGUGUUGUGGCCAGGCAGGCUGGGGGGCAGGGCUGGCUCCCUUGCUGUUGGGUCAGGUUUUGUAUUGUGAGGUGAGAUGUGCUGGAAGUGGCAGGAGCACGUGAGUGGUGCUUGGGGGUCAGGGGCUGGCCCGGGGGGUCAAUAUUCCCUGGGCACCACAGUGCGAAGGGCCCUCUGCUAACUGCUGUUGUUUCCUUUUCAAACCAAAGAGCAGUUGUAGCCUCUUGGGAGCAAAACGUGUUUUUGCUCAGUAUCUGUGUUGCAAUUCAGUUCUGACAAAUAUUUGAAGAGACUUUCAGGCUUCUCCCUGCUGCCUCCACUUGGCCUCUUGCUUCACUCGUCACUGCACCCAGAAGGUUGCUGUGCUGGAGCUGGUGCUGUCUCAGCCUGUGGCAGGUGCUUGCAUGUGUCAUUGAGUCCAGGUCGCCAGCCUGCCUGUGGGUGCUCUGAGGGUUGUUCUCUUUGGCGGGUAGCUUCAGCAUGGGAUGCCACUGGAGAGAUGGCAGGGAGGGUUAGGUUGGCUGAAGGUGUUGAGGAUGUUGUCCAGGAGACAAACCCUGCUCUCUAGGUCUGCGGUUCCACUGGCUUAAUGGGUCCAGGAAGAAGGAAGUCUGUUUCCUGGUCAUUUUUCCCAUCUUCAUUUCCCCUUACCCUACCUACAGGAUGCCUUGAGCUGUGUCUCAGUCUCUUCCCCUCCACACUUUUUUGCUUAUACUUUUAUAAGACCUUCUAGGCUUCUUUGGCCCUUGUUGAGUUCUUCAUAAGCAACACUUUGGUUUUCAUCCCUUUUUCCACUUUGAUUGCAAGGUCUCUUCCCUGUCUGCUCCCCCACUCCUGUCCCAAAUUAUUCAUUCCAGCUGGAUUCAGCUCAUACCAAGCCACUCAUGAUACACUCGGGUGUUUGGGACCCUUGCUGGAACCCAGUGGGUGCUCCUGGUCCUUCCCCCAUGAGGUGGCCUGUCCCUCUAGGCAUGGGUGACACUGUGCCUGGCUGGGUUGUGUCUGUGGUGCAGGUGGCUCUGGUGAGUGACUCUGUGCUGGGCCCAGGAGGUGAAGGAAACAGGCACUGGGAUGAGAGCAGCCAUUUCCAUGGUGGGUUCCUCUGCUACAUCUCCAAGGGUGGGGGUUAAGUCAGUGAAGGGCUGUUAGACAUUCCUGGGGAGAAGUCAUGGUGCUGAGGGAGUUGGACUGCUCAGUUCUCCUGGGAAUGUCUCCAGAGCAGCUAUGUGCAUCAGGCUUAGCGGAGUUAGCCAUGAAAUGGACACCCCUGGGACCUUGGGUAUGCCCAGCUCUCCAAGUAGCAGAUGCCACCCUUAUGUGGGGGGAGAAGAUGGGCUGUUCUCCACACUUCCUACCUGCGUGGGAAGAUGUGCAUGCUCUGGUCUUGGGGCCCACAUUCUGGAGUGGGGGGCGAGGGGAGAGGCAUCCUCUGGCAGUGGUUUGGGACCAUUCCUUGGUGCUCAACCUGACUUCGCACUGGCAGGAAGGAGGCACUUUUGACACUUCACUUGAGUAUUUCCCAUCAAGUCCAGGCUGCAGCCAGAGCCUGGCUAUUCCUAAGAAGCAAAACAGCCCUUUGUUCUUCAGAGUUUGCCUCCUGCUCCAUUGGGUGGCAAGUUCACCUGCAGGAAGGUCCCUGCAAACACGGGCCUAGGGCCGAGAUGCACCGAGGGCAGGGGCCAAGGCCUCCCUGCUGCCAGCCUCCUGCUCCAGCUGCAUUCCAAAUGUGAAGAUGCUGUUCUCACGGUGCGCUCAGGAUGCUCGGCAGGGAGAGCAGGACCACAGGUGGGAGCUGGACCACAAACUUGUCUCCAUGAGUCUCCAAGCUUUGGGUCCAAGAGCCGAUGAGGUUCUCAGGCUCCUCCUGACCUGUGCUUGUGCCUUGGCAGAGUUCCCAGGGCUGUGGGAAGUUGCAGCCAAGGAUGAGGUUUGUGUGGCUUGCAGUGCCUUUAACACUGCUCCCCGUGUGUUUCUAAGAUGAUACUCCAUGUAUGUGUGUAUAUAAUAUUGUAUUAACACAUCCUGCUCUUCUGUGUGAGUGUCAAAUGGUUUUGCUUUACUAAUAAAUUUAUAGUUAUUUAUA